CACAGACGGAGCGACCUCACCAUCACACCAUGCGUCUUCAGCAUGUACUAGGAGCGUUCAUCGCCGCGAGCGCCGCCACGGCCUUCAAGCAGGUCCCCUUUGACCUCGGGGACCCGUUCGGACCGCGCAGCGUGCACGACACGUUCGUGGACCACUUCUCGUCGUCCCGCGCCGGCACCGACACGGUGCUCCAGACCGCCGUCGAGGCGCUGUACGCCAACUCGACGGUGACCACGACCAUCGACCCAGGCUUCAACAUCCUGCGCUAUGCCCAAGUUGCCGAGGAGCCGAUCCUCGUGCGCGAGGACAAGUCCAUCCAAAGCCUAAAGAAGACAUUCUUCUUCCAGCCUAGCAAGCGGCACCAGGGGCCGUACGCUGCACGCCGGGAGGAGCUGCCGCACUUCACCAAGGUCAACGACGACGAUGGGUUCGUGGUCGAGCAGGUCGUGCUCGCCGGAUACGACGUCGCGUGGCGCAACACCGAGUUCAAGCUCAUCGUCGCUACCUGGCCCGAGGGGUUCUACCAGGCCGUGCAGUGGCACAUUGUGAGCGACGACAAGCAGGCCAACAACCAGCUCCUGGCCGCCGUGUCAAAGGUCGCACGCACGUUCGAGGACGUCAUCUGGGUGUUUGACCAAGGGUGGUGGCAGCCCGACCGCAACCUCUGGCUGUCGGUGCAGAAGGCGUCGUGGUCCGACGUCAUCCUCGACGAGGAGUUCAAGCACGGCCUGCAGCACGACUACCGCUCCUUCCUCAAGUCACGCGACACGUACAAGCGUCUCGGCGUGCCUUGGAAGCGCGGCCUCAUCUUCCUGGGCCCGCCGGGUAACGGCAAGACGGUCAGCCUCAAGGCCAUCAUGAAGGAGCUCGACAUCCCCGCGUUGUAUGUCAAGUCCUUCAGGUCGUACAUGGGCGACGAGGGCGGCAUCAAGGACAUCUUCAGCCGCGCGCGCGAGGAGGCGCCGUGCCUCCUCGUGUUUGAGGACCUCGACUCGCUCAUCACGGACGAGAAUAGGGCGUUCUUCCUCAACGAGGUGGACGGCAUCGACGACAACGACGGGCUGCUGCUGAUCGGCACAACCAACCACUUUGACCGCCUCGACCUGGCGCUCUCGAACCGCCCGUCCCGCUUCGACCGCAAGUACAACUUCCCCAACCCGACGCGCGACGAGCGCCGCCAGUACGCCGUCUACUGGCAGGACAAGGUUUCCGACGUCGAAGGUAUCGACUUCCCCGACGACCUGCUCGACGAGUUUGCCGACAAGACGGACAAGUUUAGCUUUGCGUACAUGAAGGAGGCGUUCGUAUCCGCCCUCCUCCAGAUUGCAGCCGACGAGUCCAAGCACCCGCCCGAGUUCCGCCCCACCCUGCUCAAGGAGGUACAGCACCUGCGCGACGAGCUCGACCGCGGCGACGGCGACGGCGCGAAGGCUGCCGAGGCGGGCGGCAGUGGCCGUGGCAGCGGUGGCGGAGGAGACGGCAUGCUCGAGGGCUCUGGCUUUUUCUCGCGCAUGCGCCAGGCCGCGCUCAACCCGCCUGCGCACCGCAUGGCGUACUCUUACCCGUGGCUCGACAGCAGCGAGAUCUACGGUUGAGAGCAAGGACAUCAUGUACCUGGCCACAAACAGAAUAUGAAUGAAGCAAGCAGAUUGUUCGGUGUCGAGGCACUGACUAUGACGUUUGCGGAAUAGCGUCUCGAUGGAAUGUGUAACAUGGCAUGGUGUAGGUCGUCGCUUCGGGAGGCCCAGCGGCUCUCGUAACAAACACCCAGUGGCAG